AUGGCAUUCAAUCGCCGCCCACCACCAAAUCAACAACAACAACCUCCCGUCUCCUUCAAAACCGUUCCAGGCCGCAACAGGACACAAAAAUGGCAGCAAGCCAAGACCUACAAUUACGAUGGAGAUGACUGGGGCGGCUACGAUCCAUACGAUGAAUAUAGCGGCUACGAUGACGAACCUCCAGCCUCAGCGAACCCAAACCCUGCGCAAAUACCCCCUCAGCAGCAACGACAAGAGCCAAGACCUCAGCGACAGAACAGCUUCGAUACGGGCGAUGAGCGUAGGGCGUUCAGUGGAUCGCAACUACAUCCUUCAGGAUCAGGGAUUGAGGGACCUAGGGGCGUGAGUCCCGGCAGCAGUAGUGGUGGACGACCGAGCGGAGAUUACGCUCGUGAAUUUGUUGGCAUGGGAGGAGCUGGCAGAGGUGGUGUCGAUUUCCACGACCCGCGGUCACGAGACCGCAACUUCACCAACCCUGAACAAGUGCCUCCUCCACUCAACACACGCACUAGUCCUGCGCGAGUACCUGCUCAGGCAUCAAUAUCCUCGCCUGGUCAAGCUUUUCCGCCCCGAAAGAGUAGCGUAAGUCAGGGUUCCUCCAGCAGCAGUCCUGUCGUCGCCGCCGCGGAUUCUGCGCCUGCUACUGCGAAGGUGUUGGACAAACCAUUACCUUUUAUCCGACCAGCCGACAUCUAUAAACGUAUGGCGGAAGAGAAGGAAAGGGAGAGACAGAGCAUGGACUCUUCUCGUCCUAGCAUGGACUCAGUGCAGCGCGAGGCUACUUCACCCUUGGCACGGGCAACUGAUAGUCCGGCGCCGAGCUUGCAGCAACAGAGAAACUUGCAUCCCGUUGUUGAACGGGAUGAGGUCGUUGAGUCGCUUCCGCAUGCAGCGAGGCGGGAGCUGCCCCAAUCUCAACCAGUGCCUGCGGUUGAGGAGAGCAGAGCCCAUGAGCAGUUGCAAGCUCCGGUGCCGAGCAGUGUGCCUGAGCCGUCGCCACUGCGUGAUGUUGGUACAGAGCCUCAAUAUCAGCCUUUGGCUAGCCUGCAGGAGUAUGACGUGCCUACAUUUGGCGAGCCGACUGCAGAUGUUGCGGAAAAGGUCGAGGACCCGAGUCCACGAUUGCCGCCUGUGAGUCGCUUUUCUGGAUUUGGCAGUGACUUCAUCCAUGGUUCUAGUGCAGGCGAAGUGACAGCUCCGACACCCGCACGAGCGGCUGAGCCCAUCGAGCACCAAAGCGCAACACGAAGUCCAAUAUCUAGCUCGUCGUCGUCGCCACAAGAUGACCACUUUCAGAGCACCAUCAUGCGCGUGUUGACGUCACCAAUCGAGGCUGUAUCGUCCCACCCGGACUCGCAUGAGCCACAAGCACAGUAUUCGCCCACACUGCAACACGAGCGGACUACAGAUCUCCAGCACCAUCCCAGCACUGCCAGUACAGGUUUGACCUCCGUUGUACACACGGCCUUUGACCACCCUCACUCUCACACAAACUUAUCACCUACGGACUUGUCAAGGGACAACUCCCAGUCUAUGAGCAGAAGUGACACGACAUCCACCAGCACUGGCGGCAUCAGUCCCAUCAUGGCUCAUGUCCCAGCACCCUUUUCUGCAGCAGGACAGAUAAGAGAUAAUAUACCGCCUUCGAUAGCGGAAGAAGCCACGCCAACGCAAUCCAGACAAACAUCCGGCGUACACGACUACCUUCCCGACCCUGCGCCAAUGGCACAACGCCAAAGUAUCCCGCGUAAGCCUAGCCCGAAUCAUAGUCGCAACGCUAGCGCCGAGUCCUAUGGCCCUGCUGCUACUGCCGCUGGGAUCGUACAGCCGGGUUAUAGGCGAAGUCUGGAUCCUCCUUCGAGCGGAAGUAGUCCCGCGAGAACACCUGCUAUCGAGCACGGCUAUGAACACAGACGCGUCAGCACACCGCAAGCUGCGCAAACAAUGAACACGGUGCAGCCUGGUGAAGAGCCAGAUGUCAUAGAUCAAGCUGCCGAGGUCCCUGUACCUUUUCUCCACCCAGCCACCGAUGCCAAGACGCCUGCAACUGAGAUGGGAGAUGUUCUUGAUGGAUCUGCAUCACAUCUUUCAGCCCACUCCGCCUCCCAACACCUCCAGCGCGGGGACGAUGGAAGUGGGGAGCUCGUAGGUCCCGCAGCAACGGCCGCCGCAGUCCAGCAAGCACGAGGCGAAGACUACACUGCACGCGAAGUGGAUCUCGCUCGGCUGAGUAUUCCUAAUGAGACUAAUGGGGAGAGCACGCACUCGCCGCCGAUUGCCCAAGCGGAGACGGCUAGUCAGCAGCAGUUUUUGAGAACGCAUGAACGUAUGCCCGUUGGUCCUGGUCCCAUUCCGGCUUUACCGAGCUCACCCGCAUAUUACUCAGGUUCCCCAGCCUUUGCUAGACCGGUGUCACCUAAUAUCGCAGCCUCAGCUCCCGGGCUGGGCCUGACAAGGUCGGGUACUAGCGGGAGUCCGAAUGCCAACUCCAACACUAACCUCAAUGCUCUCACGCAAAGUCCCUCUGGUCAAAGCGGACGCGAUAGUCCCGUCAACGCCAAAGGCCGCCGCGUGCGUGAGAUAGCGGAGAAUUACAAUUCUCUCGAUGAUGCUUCGAGGAGGAACUCGGCAAGCAGUCUGAUUAGUAGUAAGAGCUCUUGGUCGCAAUUUGGUGGGCAAGGACAUCAAAGUGAAGAGGACUUGACUAGGGUCGGUGGGGGCCAUCAUAGUAGGAAGGAGACCGGGAGUAGUGGCAGUUUGCUUGCGAGUGCUUCCGGAUCGCCGGUCAAGGAUGAUAUCGAAGGCGAAGAUCGGGAUGAUGUGUUCGCGACGCAUGAGCGAGAUGGAGAUGGGAGAACGCCGAGGCAGAGCACCGCUUUGCAACCGGCCUCUGUCGAGCACGGAUUGAGCGGUGCCAGCCCGAGAAGCCAGCUGCAGAGCCAGAAUAGUUUCCGUCCACAUCUUCCCGGGGAGUGGGUGAGCUUCGCGCCUACACCUGCGGGUGAGGAACCGCCAACUAUGAACCCAGCGGCUGCUGUUCAUGAGCAAAUCUAUGACCACGAGCCAAUGCGCAGGGAUCUUGAGGCACCGCGAGCAGGCGCUGCGGAGCCCUCGUCUCCUUUGACACCACGUGCUUCUCACAUUCAGUCGCAAGAAGAUGAGGGACCUGUGGACCUCACGCCCACGACGCGACAGAACAGGAUCACCAGCCGCGAGUUUUCGCCACCUACAGCUCCUGGUCACGUCGAAGAUGCUGGUGCUGGCUCGCAAAUGAAUGAGCCAAUCGAUCUUACGCCCACAACGCGCAAAACCACGCUCCGGGGCCAGGAGUUCACUCCUCCAACCACCCUCUCCCAGGUCAAAGACGCUGGUGCUGCUCUCGGCGCAAGUCUAAUGGGUAUGACCGGUCUGGCAACCACAGCCCGAGACUUCGGCAGCAGUGAGCCUGCGGCUCCUGUCGAACAGCCCGAGAUGAGGGCUAAGGCGGGCUAUGGUGACGUGUCACAUUAUCUGAGACCCGAGAUGGGCAUCAGGAAUGAUAGUGAGGUUAGUGCUGCCACGGACAUCGAUGAGAGGAGUGUGGCUAGUGCUGCUAGCAGUGUGCCGCCUACGCCUCCUGCUAAGGACACACCCGCGCAGUUCGGUUCUGGUUUCGGGGCUGGAAUGGCUGGAGAUCAGAGGGAGAUCGGACCAGGCGGAAGACCCAUUAGUCAUUAUUUCUCUGGCGCUGUGCCACCGCUUCGGACAGGACACCCGAGGGAGACUUCGACGGAUCAGGCGCGACUGAGCGCUGUGAGACCCGGGAUGCUACCGCAGUUGAGCACGGAUACUGGGUUCGAUGAUACGGAGAAUGAUCGAUUGAGGAAGGAGAUUGUGCGGAGUCUUGAUCCCGCGAGGAAGGAGGAGAUGAAGAGGGAGAGCAUUAUGGAGGCGAAAGAGCAGGAGGAGGAGGAUUCGGAGAGGCUACAAGAUGCUCUUGACGCCCCGGAAAAUGAGAGGAGGAUUGGCGCUGGUGAGGUUGCGCUGCCGGCUGCGGAAGCGCAAGCGGGUGGGAAGCCUCUGCCUAGGAUGCUGGAUCAGAGGUUUAGUUGGGAGAGCAGGCCUAAGGGACUGUUGAGUCCGACUAUGGCGAAUGCGCCGCAGGCUCAUGCGCAGCACGAGCAUGAGCAGGAGUUGAGAGCUCCAGAGGUCUUGCCUGAGAUGCCUUAUGAGCGGCCUAGAAGUCGAGGAUUGCAUGUCAUGAAUGCUGGUGAUAGCGAUGAUGAAUCGCCAGCCAUGGAGAGGAGCUCGCAGGCUGUGGAACGGGGUGCUGCGAUGGACAGCGCGCCGGUCAGUGCUUUGACGGGCAGCGUGGCUGGGAGCCUAGGUGCGGGACUUACGCCUCUUGUAUCGCCCGUCUCUAGACAUCAGCAUGAGGAUGGUGCACGCUUGCGGUCCUUCGACCCCUCGCCCAUACGCGGCGAUGAGCUCGAGACUACGACUUCGAGGGACUCCGAAAGCACACGCUUGCCUUCAUACUAUCAGACCGACCUUCCCGGCUCACUUCCUGAACCUGCGGCCACCGUCGCAGGGCCCAGAGACAUGUCUCCUACCCUGCCAGAGAAGGAUAACUCAGCGGACCUCCCAGUCCCCACAAUCACGACAGCUACAGACUUCGACACCAAGGCCUCCUCCCCACCUACCUCAACAAAGCAAUCCACACGCAUACCUCCCUUCCGCGAGAUCUUGGCGAUCAAGUCUAGCCCAGAGCGGAUAAGGACGUAUGACGACACACGCACUACUUUCUCGCAAAUGGAUACAGGGCUUGCUGGAUGGCUAAGCGAUAUGCUUGUCCAACAUCCCGAACACGCCAACAUUGGCAAUGCUCCUAGCGCAACCGCGAUAAGAGGAGCUAGCGGUGUCGGACCGGGGAUGUAUAAACACCGCGCGAGCCCCAGCAUGGCUAAAUUCACAAAACCUUUCGCUGGCACCGCUGGCUCUGGCUCGGGAUCUGGGUCCGGGCUCGGUGGCGAGAGCAGGAAGGUAUCCACUGGGUUUGGUAGCGGCAGUGGCGGUGGCAGCGGGAGUGGAAUGGGCGGAGGUGAAGGUGGGAUGGCGGAUGUACAACAAAAGGGCAAAGAGUUCAUGAAGACGGCAGGUGUGCUGGGUGGGAAGGCCCAGGCGGGUGCCAAGGGGUUGUUUCAGAGGGGAAAGCUGAGGCUGGGGAGUCGGAGGGAGGGAGGGGGCGAGAAGGCUCUUCCUUCCUCCACCGCAUCUCGUUCGGUCGCUCCUCCUCUUCCUCUUCCUACCAGCAAGUUCUCGCAAUACACUCCUGCAGUAUCUUCCACAACCUCGAAUUCAGCGACGCCUGGCACUGCGUCGCCGACAGGUUCAACUACCUCACUGAAUCAGCCAGCUACUACGAUCUCAUCGAGACCAGCUCCUCCGGCAGCACGAGCUCGUACUCCAAUCAGCACCCUUGCGCCCAUUACUGUACCUGUCCCAGCAUCAGCUCCAUCUAUGCCUAUAUCCACACCUGGUCCGCCUGCUACAUCUGCUCUCGCGCCCUUGAGCGUCCCUGCGCCACCAGCUCCAUCUGCAACCCUGAUUCCAAGACCGCAGGCUGCGAACUACGAUGAGCCGACGUCGUCCUCGCGACCUUUCUCCCGCACUCUAACACGACUCCGGGACCACAGCAGAGGUAAAAGUGCUUCGGCGUUCGGGAGAAGCAAGAGCAAGUCCCGCCCACCAAGUCUAGUCAUACCGACUUCUAACGCGGACUUAUUCCCAAAUUGGGGUGAUGGCGAUCAGCGGGAGUCGGAGCGGGCGAGUAAGAAUGCGGCAGCUAAGGGCCAAGGUAUGGUAGGUCCGCCAGCGCCUCGGAGAAUAGAAGCCUGGGAGGACGAUGCAAGUGAAGGCGCCAUCAGGCAGGCAACCGAUGAUGGUAGCCAAGAUACCCCGGGCAGGCUGGGCGUGUUGCCUAGUCCUGUUGGGGAGACUUUCGGGUCUUUUAGUGAGAUUGGUGGUAGGGAGAGGAAGAUGUCAGAGGUGUUGAACAGUCCCUUGGAAGCACAGGGAGCUGUAGGCAAGAUUGAGGGCAGACCUUUAGGUUCAGCUGCCGAGGACAGCGCUAUCACGCACAGCCUCCCACCUGCUGAUGUGGCCGAGACGAAGCUGAAAGGGGAUGAGCAUGAUUCCAACAUUGAUGCGAUACCCUCUACUGACCUCGAAGAUGAGUCGCCCAAUAUUGCGACAACAUCAGUGACUGCCAUUGCGGCUGCGGUAGCCAAUCCAGGGCCAGCAAUCACACCAGCCGACAUCUCGAGGGAGGCCCAUGUCCCAACCCCAGUCAACACUGCUUCAAUGAACCACGGCACAAUACACGCAGAGCCGCUGGCACAGGACCAAGCACAACACAAAGCACUUGUCGCACUACCGAGUGAAGAAGAGCCAAUGGCAGCCCCACAUGUUUCUGAUGUGCCGCAUCCACCAAGGCCUCAACAAAUUCGGAAAGUCAGUGCUAUCGCGAGUCUUCCGAGUCAGCAACGCUCGAGGGCUCUAUCCUCGCCCCAGCCACCUGUCCCAUUCAUCAGCAGAUCUCCACCCCCAAUAUUGCAGUCCGAUGAGUACGUCCCGACUCAGCGUGUCAUGGCACGUCCAACUACUGUCUCCAACGUGCUGCAACCCGAGGGGAUGGCAGAUCAGGUGGUCUCGAGGUCGGACACGACAGAACAUAGUACUGCAGACCGUCGCAGUGAAAUCUCAGCUGAAGGUGGCGCGGACGAUGAUAGUGUUAUACAUGCUCGCGUCCUUGAGCCUGGCCACAGCGACUUAUCUCGGCAAUCAUCUGUCUCCAGCCUGGGCGAUCAUGAAAGCACUGUUGUUCCAAUCCAUGGACCUGGCAAUCACGUAGAGCGGCAAGAAGAGCUUCAUGGCGCGAGCGAUCCAUACAGGGCUGGUAUGGUCCUGCCCGAAACUUUACCGUUGCCAGUAACUCGGGAGACUGUUGUGGAUGCCGAGCACUAUCGUGAUUCUCCUGUAUCCGCCACAAUGGUUCCACUUCCGUCCAUUGCGCAGAACAUCGCUCCGAUCGAACAAGUCAAGACGGAAGCCGACAACGGCAGCUAUGGUCGCGCAAACGACUUCGAGGGCGCGAACGAGUUCGCCGUCUCCUCGCCGUUGAGCACUACUGAGACGCAUGCACGUCACCCAGGUGAAACGCCUGUUGCUGUCCUUGACGAAGCUCCGGUGGCCGUCGGUCUCACUGGGUCCGGGGUACCAUCGUCUGGGACACCGCCUUUCCAACAUCAUCCUCUCAUUCGCAACUCGGGUACUGUCCAGCCCACUGAGUACGAAAGACUACGUAGCUCACAGUAUGGCACACCGACACCUUCCGCUCAGCACAGUCGGCAGGUCAGUAACGACGAUAGUAAGCGUAACUCCCGGCGGUACUCUGGCUUCUUUCGUGGUCCGGACAGUGCCGCCAACACUCCACCGCCCAUGCCUACCGCGGCUCCAGAUAUGUCCAAGGACCCGAACACGGCUGAUACUGAGCAGGCUGACAAGGCGGCGAAACGUAAGUCUGGCAUCUGGCAGACGUUCAAACGCUCGCCUAGCGCGUCACACACAGACUUCGCCAGGGACAUCCGCCAGCCUCCUGAGCUAGCACCAAGCGCUUCGACCUCAGACGCUGCCAUGAUUGCAGCCAUCUCAGCACGAGAGAGCCCUGUAGACCCUCAGAGGCUGAAGAAAAUACACCGAGCUGCAUCAGCGACGACACCGCCUGUGGAACUUAAGCCAAGACGCUUCUCCGGGCUGGGUUCAUUGUUCGGACGAUCACAGACACAAGGACGCAAUGUGGAGAAGCCCAGGAAGCUGACUAAGAUGCAGCCGCCAAGCCGACGAAGCACAGCACGGCAGGAACUAAGCAAUGAUGGGACCUCACGCGGUUAUGAUGACUUCGAGGCCAUGCGAAGACAGCAGAUACCUGACUUGCAAGCAAGCAGAAGCCCAAAUCCUAAGCAAUACAUGACGAGUGCGGUACCGCAACAACACAGGAUGUCCUAUGAUGCUCAGUCGCCUGUUGGCGACCAAAGAUCGAUGCUAUCGCCAUCAUCUCAGCCUCCACCGCAAGGCUGGUACGGUUCUUAUGGCGAUCAUACCGUCCAGCAAGGACAGCGUGAUCAGGUACAGUCUCCACCACAAGGAUGGUAUGGGCCCGGUAGUGAGCGCACAUCCUUCGAUGGCCAGCCAGAUGUUCGCACGCCAUAUCUCACGCAGCAUGAGCCAAGACCACAGUAUCGCAGAUUGCACAGCGAAGGUCAAAGUAGUCGAGGUCUACCCCAAGCAGACAUUCCAGAAGCUUUCAGAUCGACAGAGGCUUCAUAUGGAAGGCAGGCUGAGCCCAUUGGGCCACCAGCGGAUGUUCCGUCGCCAAUACAGGGUCCUCCGCCGGGUACUCAACUGCCAACACUACCCACGCAGCAACCGUACUGGGUAGCACCACGGUCGCCAGAGAUACGCAGUCCGCCUCUCGCGAUACCAAGGCAUCGGCAAGUAUUGCCAAUUUCAGCCAUGCCACCGAUACUACCACAGAACCCCAUAAAUGCCGAAGCAAAUGACGGUGGAUGUUCACAGCAGAGUCAGGCGCCGCCCGGUCCAAGGGUACAGUCUCCACCUGCCGCCGAGUGUCAAGGACUGCCGCAGUAUCAACGCCAGUCUUCAUCGAACUCGCAGACAUCUGCAAGGGAAAUCAAUAAUUCAAGCUUGCAGAGCUCAGAAAAUGCGCGCCGGGUCUCAUCGCCGCCAAUGCCGAGGAUGCAGUCGCCUGCCGCGCAAGACCCACGCUUCCAACGCCAACCAUUUCAACAUCAGCGUGUAAUGAGUAGCCCAUUGCAGCAUCAUAGGCCGGAGCAAUCAUAUCCGGACUACCCAGCUGUAAAUGCCUACCAAAGUCAGCAGCGGCCUCCGUGGAGCUCGGGACAACCUUUGAUGAGCCAGGAGCAGUCAUACACCUCAUCCCGCUAUCCAGUACAAGUUAGACCCCCUCCACCACAACAACGCUGGCAGUCUCCCUCCAUGCCGCUGUCACCGCAAUCACCUCAAGGGGACCCAACGCCGCAGUCGGGGUGGGCACCUCCGCUGCAAAAUGAUCACUUCGGUCCGCAGCACUACCCUUCCCCACCGCAUAGCGCGCAGUCGCCCCGUCCGCAGGAAGUAUAUCAACCAAAUAUGUCCCCGACGAGCCAUUACGACAGCCGCUACCCACCGCCCAUGAGACCUCACCACGGGCAAAAGUACUACCCAGAGACGUACACAGGACAGCCGACCGCAGACGGAAGGCCGCUAGCAUACCAGCACACGCCUUCUGGAUACUCUGGUCGCAGAGACGAUGCGGCGGUCAGCGAACAGGAGCUCGGCAUGAGAAGUUCCAGCUAUCCGGGACAAGAGUGGCAGCCUCGUGUAUAG